AUGCGUGCCUGGAAGGCAGUGGCCAGCACGCUGGUGCUCAGCGGGGCUGAUGUGGUGGUCACUACGCUGCUCUACACCCACGGCCGGAGCGGCCGGGACAUCCUGCAGGACCUGCGGCACUUCAACAUCUUCAACUCGCUGCUGGACAUCUGGGGGGCCUGCCUCUACCGCAGCUGCGUGCUGCUGGGGGCCGCCAUCGGGGUGGCCACCAACACGGCCUACGGCCCCCGGCGCCUCAGGGCAUCACGGACCUUCAUCGCCGUGGUCUGCCUCCUGAUGGGCAUCUACAUGAUGGUGAAGCUGCUGCUCUACUCAGAGGUGCGGAGGACCAUCAGGGACCCCUGGUUUUGGGGGCUCUUUGCCUGGACCUACGUGGCGCUGGCGGCCACCUUUGGACUGUGGCAACUGCUGGCCUGCGUCACCUCCUCCCGCGAGGCGCUAGGGACCGGCUCCGAAUCCCGUGCCGAAGUGGAGGAGAGCGGCGCCCUGAGGGACAAGCGGGAGGAGGCGGCGGGUCCCACCAUCCAUAAACUGCUGUCCUACACCAAGCCAGAUGCCUUCUUCCUGGGCAUCGCCUCCUUCUUCCUCCUUGUGGCUGCGCUAGGAGAGACCUUCCUGCCCUACUACACGGGGCUGGCCAUCGAUGGCAUCGUGGUGCAGAAGAGCAUGGACCGCUUCUCCACGGCGGUGCUGGUCAUGUCGCUGCUUGCCAUAGGAAGCUCAUUUGCCGCAGGUAUCCGGGGCGGCGUUUUUACGCUCAUAUUUGCAAGACUGAACAUUCGCCUUCGUAACUGCCUCUUCAGGUCGCUGGUGUCUCAGGAAAUGAGUUUCUUUGAUGAGAAUCGCACAGGGGACGUCAUCUCCCGCCUGACAUCGGACACAACCAUCGUGAGCGACCUGGUCUCCCAGAACAUCAACAUCUUCCUCCGCAACGUGGUGAAGGCCACAGGGGUGAUCUUCUUCAUGUUCAGCCUCUCCUGGAAGCUCUCACUCGUCACCUUCAUGGGCUUCCCCAUCAUCAUGCUGGUGUCUGACGUCUAUGGGAAGUACUACAAGAAGCUCUCCAAGGACGUGCAGAAUGCCCUGGCCAAGGCCAACAACACUGCCGAGGAGACCAUCUCCGCCAUGAAGACCGUCCGCAGCUUCGCCAACGAGGAGGCGGAGGCCAACGUGUACUCACAGAAGCUGCAGCAGGUCUACAAGCUCAACAAGCGGGAGGCCAUGGCUUACACCUACUACGUCUGGUCCAGCGGGCUGACCCUGCUGGUGGUCCAGGUCAGCAUCCUUUACUACGGCGGGCACCUUGUGAUCUCGGGGCAAAUGACAAGCGGGAGCCUGAUAUCCUUCAUCAUUUAUGAGUUUGUCUUAGGGGACUGCAUGGAGUCUGUGGGCUCUGUCUACAGCGGCCUGAUGCAGGGAGUGGGAGCUGCUGAAAAGGUGUUCGAGUUCAUCGACCGCAAGCCAACCAUGGUGAACGAUGGGUCCCUGGCCCCAGACCACGUGGAUGGGAAGGUGGAGUUCAGAAACGUGACGUUUUCAUAUCGCACCCGCUCUGCAACGCAGGUCCUCCAGAAUGUGUCCUUCACCCUGCACCCCGGCAAAGUGACGGCGCUGGUGGGUCCUUCGGGGAGCGGAAAGAGUUCCUGCGUCAACAUCCUGGAGAACUUCUAUCCUCUGCAGGACGGGCAGGUGCUGCUGGACGGGCGUCCCAUUACCAUGUACGAUCACAAGUACCUGCACUCAGUGAUCUCCCUGGUGAGCCAAGAGCCGGUGCUGUUUGCCCGCUCUAUUGCAGAUAACAUUUCUUAUGGCUUAACGUCAGCCUCCUUCGAGUCGGUCGUUCAGGCUGCCCAGAAGGCCAACGCGCACGCCUUCAUCACCGAGCUACAAGACGGCUACCACACAGAGGCAGGUGAGAAAGGAGCCCAGCUGUCAGGUGGCCAGAAGCAGAGAGUGGCAAUUGCCAGGGCUUUGAUCCGAACCCCCCCCAUCCUAAUUCUGGAUGAAGCCACGAGUGCGCUGGACGCGGAGAGUGAACACGCGAUUCAGCAGGCGAUUUACGGUGACUUGCAGAACCACACGGUGCUUGUUAUAGCUCACAGGCUGAGCACUGUCGAGAAGGCACACAACAUCAUUGUGCUGGACAAGGGCCGCGUGGUGCAGCAGGGCUCGCACAAGGAGCUGAUGGAAGAAGGAGGCCUUUAUUCCAAGCUGGUGCAGAGACAGAUCCUGGGGCUGGAGCGGGGCGGCGCAGACAGUCGCCAGCCCACAGCCCGAGGGGAUUUGGCGAAGGCGGCCGGCGAUCGGGAGGAAGAGUUCAGGAUAGACCAUUCCCUGCCGGCCGCGGCUCAGGACGAUUACAGCGGCAUGGCUCACAAGUGA